UAGUCACAUUUGCUUUAAACCUAACGUUGUAUUCAUUUCCUCUUCCUUUGCAAUCAUGUCAAGCACUAAGACAUCCACAAGAAGUGCGGCUCCGGCGGCGGCGGUGACCAACAAUACAACCGCCAAAGUGCCAACAGUUCCCGAAACUAUUCUUAAGAAACGCAAACAAAGAGCCACACAAAAGGCAAAGGCUCUGAAAAAUGCGAUCAAAGAUAGAAAAGUACGACAAGUGAAGAAACAAACCAUCUUCAAGAAGGCUGAAUCCUAUGUCAAGGAAUACCGAUUAAAGGCUCGGGAUGUGAUUCGUUUGAAACGUCAGGCCAAACAACACGGCAAUUACUACGUUCCCGACGAACCUAAAUUGGCAUUUGUUAUGAGGAUUAGAGGUGUCAACGGUGUGAGUCCUAAACCCCGAAAAGUGCUUCAACUUCUGCGACUCCGACAGAUAAACAACGGAGUGUUCGUUAAGUUGAAUAAAGCGACGAUAAAUAUGUUGAGAAUCGCUGAACCAUACAUUGCGUGGGGAUAUCCGUCACUCAAAAACAUCAGGGAUUUGGUCUAUAAGAGAGGAUUCGGUAAAGUGAAUGGUCAGCGCAUUCCACUGACCGACAACUCGAUUAUUGAAAAUCGUUUGGGUAAACGCGGUAUCAUUUGUAUGGAGGACUUGAUCCAUGAGAUCUAUACGGUUGGACCCAAUUUCAAGUACGCCAACAAUUUCAUGUGGUAUUUCAAACUGAAUAACCCUCGCGGGGGUUGGCGUAAGAAAGUGGUUCAUUACGUUGAAGGCGGAGAUUUCGGUAAUAGAGAGGAUAAGAUCAAUGAAUUACUGAAAAAUAUGAUUUAAGAAGAAAAUAAAAAUAUUGAUUGUCUUUGUAUUUAAUUUUUCGAAAUAAAGAGUUUUUUGAUUAAUU